GAUUUCUAAUGUCUAUUUUUCCCAAUCAACCGUCACAAAAAUGGCUGCGCUUAGAGUAUUUAGCCGUAAUUUACCAUAUUUUCGACAACAAUUUUCAGCAUUACUAGGAAACACAUCGCCUUCAGUGAAAUUUAUUUGCGUUGUCGUAGUAAUAGGAUACGUGUUAUCGUUCUCUGAAGAUGUCGUGAACGUUCUAAGUGUAACUCCAGGAUAUUUGUUGCCUCCUUCGUUUCAAUUGUGGUCUACUUUUACGUUCUGGUUUCUCGAGAUACACUUAUGGGAAGUAGUUAUCGACAUAGUAACUGUGGGAUUGUGUGGGAAGUUAAUAGAGCCGCUAUGGGGCCAAAUGGAAAUGAUGAAGUUCUUCUUUCUGACGAACUUUGGCGUGGCAUUUCUGACAACGUUUUACUACUUGGUGAUAUUUGCGUGCACGGGACAGACAUCGUAUCUGUUUGACAUACAUGUGCACGGCCUGGCGGGGUACCUGGCCGCGGUGUGUGUGGCUGUAAAGCAGAUAUUACCUGACCAUCUCCUUGUAAAGACACCCCUAGGCAAACUUACAAACAGAUCACUACCACUCCUACUGCUUAUAGCGGCUAUAAUCCUAUGGGCUAUCGGAGCCCUGGAGGGAACCUAUCCUUGCAUGUGGGGCAGUGGUACCAUUCUGUCAUGGAUGUACCUGAGGUUCUGGCAGAGACAUAGCAGCGGGACCCGAGGGGAUAUGGCUGAUAAUUUCAGCUUUGACAACUUCUUCCCCACAGUCCUACAGCCCAUAGUGCGGGGUAUCCUGGGCCCACCGCACCGCUGCUUGGUCCGCAUAGGGCUCUGCUCGCCCAGCCAGCGCCGGGUGCACUUGGCCAUGAGUCCUCGUGGCGUCACCAUCUCCAUGCCGGGCGUGGAGCCCCAGGACAUGGAGAGGAGGCGACAAAUCGCGCUCAAAGCUCUAAGCGAGCGCCUCUCCAAAACAUCCGAACAGACGCGACAGAAGAACCUCUCGACAAAAGUGAACAUGGAGGCCGUCCGCAAAGCGCAGGCCUCCAACGUCAUCCCCGCCUUCCCCGCCGAGCCCGCGCCGCCCCCGGAGGCCACGCUGGUGGACCUGGAGACUCCCACGACGAAGCAGUCAUGAUCUAUGAACAAUUUGUAGUAGGAACGUUCACUGGGAUGGUUGUAAUUAGGUGAUAUAGUGUGUUUGGGUCUGGCGAAUGUGGCGCAAACUCGCUAUUUGCUAAUCGCUCCCCGUAUACGUCGUGCGAAUUAUCCAUUGACUGUAUAAGAUGUAGACAAAUUCAUGCUUUGAAUUUGACAGCCUUCUUAGCACAGGAGCGUCGCGAAACUAUCUUACCCGCGAGAUAGAGUACCCGUCUUUACUGUAUUAGCAAGCGUGGCUCACUCCGCGAUUUAUUAAAUAUAUUAAUAACGGGUCACUCACGUAUUUUAAGUCGAAAAACGCUUGACAUGUUUCACUCCGUACCGAGUCAUCAGGAGCUUGCGUUGACGGCACCGAUGACUCGGCGCGGGCGCCGGUGGCGGCAGGGGGGGCGAGAAACUACCCUCGUUUACGGCAUUAUUGUCAAAUGAUGGGUUACACACCACUCACUACGUCAUUCGCUAAUGUCCACACUGUCCACCGACGUAGUACCCAAAACAGUUUUCCAGCUCGGAGGCACUGACCAACAACAAUCACGGUUAAAAUUCGGAUGACGACUAAUUUCGAUAGCCUCCUGUACUUUUCGCUGAAUCACAAACUUUUCUUUCGCCAGCACGGUUAUAUAUUAAAUAUGUCUUGUGUUUCACGGAAGUUUUGUUAUUAAAAUCACUCCGCGAUUUCGUCGCGUCGCUACAAGUAUAUGCGGCCCACACCAAUUUUGGUGUCUAGCCAUAGUAGUUGCCGCGCACCGCUACGGAACGGACGCCUGCUCGCGCUUGCGCCACCUUGCGGUCAUAUCUGUCGUAAUAGACGCUUUUUGUUAGAGAGUGAACCUUCUGUACCUAAUACUAUUAUUUAUUCUGUGGUAUUAGUGAGCUCGCAGAAUGGAAUUGACCGCCGGCAUCAUGACCUCUACAGCAAUAUAAUUACGCGCGUGCGAUAGAGAUAGGAACAGGUACGAAAUUGUUCGUGCUUGUUACUUUACCAAAAGCAAAUGAUCCGAGUCGGUAAUGUACGCGGGCAGUCAGCACACUUUUCGCUGUCAGACGCAAACGCUCGUUCGCGCCGUUUUCGCCAGAUCUGGACGCACUAUAAUAGAAAAGAGUGUGAAUAGUAGUUGCACUAGUGUAUUUAAAAUGUCAAGAAGUCUAUUUGUAUUCUAGGUCGGGAAACGAAAACGUAAGACCUGUAUGGUUACUUAUGUUUUUGUGUUCUUAGAAACGUAUUCUACAAUAAUAUGAUAAUUUAAAUAACUUGUUGCAACUGUAAAGGAAGAUAGAGUGCUAAAGUGGAAAAGAACAUGCUUUCAUUAACUUUAAGCCCUCUCAAAAUCUACUUACAUCAGCAUGAUUGCGGCGUCUAAAGCCACACAAAAAGUCUGUCACUUUAUGACAGACUGACAAAUUCUGCCACUCGCUAUGGCCCGAAACGCCAAGUGCCUUUUAAGCCGAUUUGCGAGAAUAUAAUCGGGUCCUAAAAUCCAAUCAUUCUUUGUUUGUGCUAAAAAUUGUCUAACUGUAACUGUCCGCGAUUUUCAUUUAGGUGGAAAUCUUUAAAACCAUCUGUCAAUUCUAAACUAGAGGUAAUCGCGGCGAAGGGUUAACAAAUUUAAGUUAUUAUCGACAUGCGUGGCGCUGGCGCAUUAAGGGUUAAAAAAUGUGUGGGGUCCAUUUUCGCAGUUCGUGAGCUAUUAAAGUGUACAGUCGCCAUCGGAUAUAUCGGAGCGGCAAGGUGUUCACAAAUAUCUGAACAAAGCCUCUAUAGGGUAUUUGACGACUAGUCAAAUCAGUUUCUUUUUUCGAACUGUCAAAACGAUUUUGCUACUAUGGAAUUUAUAUGAAACAGUAGCAUGUACGUCACAAUCAAAUUACCUACUCUUUAGUUUUAUACAGGUUUUAAAAUAGAAAUUGUGUCUAAAAAUAACUGUCUACGUUUCUCUAUUAAUCUUCUGGUGCUUUAUUUCUUGCAUAGUGUAAAAUAAUUUAUUUUAAAUACAGUCAAAUACCCUAUUGUUAAGGCGUUAAGGUGCUUGUUCAGAUCUUUUUGACCACCAUGGCCGCUCCGAUAUAUCUGAUGGCGACUGUACUAACAACAACCCUCUUAACUUGUCCCUUGAUGGACCUUAUGUAUGUAUUUACGAAUUGUCAUGUGGACGAUGGUAUUUCGGAUUGAACAGUGAUAUUUUAAUAUCACUGCCAUAACCAGUAAUUUCAGAAGCUCAUCAUUUUAAUUACGAAUAGCGAUUUCACAUCAAGUAAGGCCGGUUUUUGGCUUGUUUACAACUGGUACAAGCCUAUCGAGAAUUACAAAUAAAUUGAAGUAUUUCUAAAAAUAUUACAAUUAUUAAACAUAAUCGACGAUAGUUUUCUUGGUCACUUAAAAAAAGUAACAAAAUAGAUAUUUGUCACUUUCAUUUUUGUGCUAUUUCUAAUAGAAAUGCAAAAGUACCGACCAACCCCGCAAAGCUAAAUAAGGAAGCGGCCAGAGUAAAAAUAUCGCUAUUAUAUAUAUAUAUAUAUAUAUAUAUUCUGUUAGUGCAGGCAUUCAGAGGUAAUCCUAAUGCAUUUAACAGUGAAUUUAUUUUUCUAAUUAGAAUUUCUGCAAUUGCGCUGUGAAUUCUUACAAUUCUAGUAUUUAUUUUAUUUCCCUUAAUCCCAUACUUGUUUCAGUAUGGGGACAGCGACUAUGGUAUACAAAGAAAGAUAUUUUUUGCAGAUUUUAAUGCAUUUGUUAAAAUUGAUACCAAGAUAUUGGGGAGGUGUGAAUGAGACUUGUAAAUAUAAUUAAUAUUGACUAGUGUUACAUUAAUAAAUAAUAUCCAAUCAA